AUGUACUCUGCCAACUACGGCUUUGGCAAUGCCGCGCCCAACUUUGCCAACCCGGCCGGCGCGCCGCAGCCUGGAAUGCAGCCGGGGCAGCAGUUCAUGGUCAAUCGCCAGCAGCAGUUCGCCGGCAUGGCUCCCCACGGCGCCUUUCCCGGCGCGAACCCGCACAUGAUGGCCGAUGCCAGCGCCGCCAUGAUGCAGGCCCAGGGCAUGCCCGGCAUGGCGCCAAACAACCAGAUGGCCUACCAGCAGCAGUUCCCCGGCGCGUCAUACGGCCAGGUCCUCCCCGCGGGCGUCGGCCCCCAAGGUUUCGUCCCGAACAACUACAUGAUGAAUCCCGCCAUGCAGGGCUUCCCCAUGGGCCAGCCCGGCAUGCCUCAACAGGCCCAGCAGGCCCAGAUGAUCCAGCGCAUGCAGCAGCAGCAACAGCAGCAGCAGCAACAGCCCCAACCACAGCAGCAGAUGCCCCAGCAGCAGCAGCAGCAACAACAACAACAACAGCAGCAACAGCAGCCGAACCAGAUGAUGGGCCAGGUGUCGACCCCCCAGAGACCGCCGAGCACAGCGCAAGGAACUCCGACAAAUAUCAUGCCUCCUCAACAGCCUCAGUUUUCGACGCCUCAGCACAUGGGUCAGGGACAGACACCAACGCCCCAGCACCAGCAGCCCAUGGGCGUGGCCACGCCUCAGACACCGACAUUCUCCUCCAACAUAAGCGGCGGCAUGGCUGCCCCCUCGACAGCUGCCGCACCGAUGAGCCCGACGACGGAAAACCUCGAGAAGGAAAGGUUCGCGCUGCUGCUGGACAUCAACCACGAGCUAUUAUACGAAUCCAUUCAGAUCCAGACAACGCAGCAGGAGCUGAAGAAGGAGCACGCUGCCGUAAAUGGAAAUGUUCCAGACAGGAAGCCAACAGAGGAGGAGAAUCUGUUUCAGCAAGACUAUCUCCAUUGCAUGCGACGAUUACAAGCCAAUCUGUCGUACAUGGCCGCUUUGGCGGAUAGAAAGCCCGACGUCAAGGGACCGCCGUGUCCAGCAUAUCUCAGCGCGCCACCCCUUAACCUCUCCCUCAAGCUGAGAGCGACACCCAUCGGCGCCGAGAACAUGACUACGCCGAUUGAUCCCGUAACAGACAGAGAAGAGCGGUACAAGUCGAUUCAGGACCUGUAUCGACGACUGCAAGCCGUCUUCCCUCAAUUCGAUCCCAAAAAGGAACCCGCCUUCCGCAUGCCGAGCCAGAAGCCGCCCAUGGGCCCCAUGGUACCGAGCCAACAACCCAGUCCAGCUGCCCAGAGGACGCCCCAGCUACCAAAUAUGCCUGGCCCGCCCAUGAAUAUGCAG